AAGAAACAACUUGUUUCUACUGUCCCAACUGCAUGGUUUUGCUCCCAGCAUUUUUAGGUUCACCCGUGCAAGUUCAGACCUCGACUCCUCAGUCUUCGAUCCCACAGAGAGAUCUGUUCUCGCCGCAACUUGUCCAUGGUUCGUUUGGAUCCCCAAGUACCCCUACGGCAACCAAUUAUGCAACGUCAAGUCUUUCAAGUUAUUUAAUUACUCCUACAUCUCUUCAAACUGUCCCCAUACCUGUGACACCAAGAAAGUCCUCGAAUCAGCAGUUUCGAGACCCAGAAAAUGUUGAUCCAUGCACUCCAACAAAAUCUCCUAUAAAGAAGCGCAGGAGGAGGAGCCCAUCACAGAAGUUAGAUGAUAUUCUGCAUACCAUCAAAACUGCUCACUGGACUCUAGGCCAAUUCUUGUGGUUUCUCUUCCAUGUCCGAGGGGAAAAUAAUGAGAAGAUAUGCCAUUUUAAAGGUCAUGUGAGAGCCGUGUCUUACUUUCUCUCAGGACGGGAUAAGAAUGGCUAUACCCCUACCCUCAUCAUCCAUGACUGGUUUCGUAGUGCAGAUGGUUGUGUUGCGCCUGAUUCUGAAGAGUCAGGACUCAUGUACUCUACUACAAUGCCAUAUACUCAGAUUAAAGGUGUUCGGACUGGUCUUUCAUCCUUUGCAGCACAAAUUGUUCAGCGGAAGCUUGUCCGAGAGGCUGAGAAUGCUGUCAAUCCAAAUAAUGGCCUACACUCUUCUCGGUCAAGCCCAAACUGCCGGAAGAAACUCCAGUGGACAGAUAUUGGUGCUGCUACUCUGCCUCACAUUGAAAAAAUCAUACGAGAGCAUCAGCCAUUGACGGUGUCACUCUUGCUUGCAGUUGCUGACAGAUCUCAUAUGCGAGAGUCUUUAGUCAAAAGAGUACAGACAUACCGUCCACCAAAUAUGGUCAUCACACAUGCUAUCAGUUUUUUCGAUUAUUGUCGGACUAAUCGAGCCAACUUGCUUCCCAUGACUCGGGGUCUAUUGUACUUUGCUCUGUCUGCACCAAUCGACCUCUUCCACUACAACUCACGAGUUGUUACAAUGCCCAGCUAUAACACUACAUACAAGACUCUCGAGGACAUGGCUAGAUAUGAGGCAGAGCUUGUCUGUGCUCAUGGCCGCGACCCGAACACUGCAGGGAGCAUAUGCGCUGACAACGUCCAAAACUACUUGCUGCAGCGUGAUGCUCGGAUUGGACGCGAGAAUACAAUCAAUAUAGGAAUCGCAGCAACAUACAUCGAGGCAGUUGAGAUGGACAUGAAGGCAUUCAGUUUGGAGGAGAAGCGGAGGUGUAUUGCACAGAAUCUACGGAAGGACGUUUCAGUCGAGGCUCUUCGUGACCUCAUUGAUAGACGACACUGGGAAAAUAUUGGCCUCCUUCACUGGCUUCGAGUGCUUACGCACUAUGUACCGGAGGCUUCGAUUCACAAGGAGCAUGUCUCGCUUCUAUUUCGGACACGAUGUAAGAAGCAGACAGUUCCAGUUCAAGCCUCAAAGAUCCAUCCACUCGCAACCAGUGGGAAGAACGAGACAAUCAUCACUGAGCUGAAGGAUGCCCUUGUUGACCUCCUGGCGCAAAUUGGCCAGCAGCGUGAUGAUCACCUGCUCGAUCGUAUCCUGCUCUUAGCUGGAGAUGGUCUUACGUUUGAGAAGAUUCUUCUUCUCAAACAGUUGCUGCAGUUCCAUGAUAAUGACUUCGACACACUAUCAUUCAUUCAGGCAGUACUUGCAAUGUGGCACACGGGGUGGACUGAUCUGAAUCGGCUCAUCGAGUCGCACUGGGGAAAGCUAUCCUCACACGAUCCAUCAACACUUGCUCACAAUGCGGCAAGAAUCAAACGUCCAACUCCUUCGAACCUGAAGAAGGUUGACUACAAUUCCGGUAUUGACCUUGUCUACCUUAUUCUUGAUGCUCGCAUGCUGGAUUGUUGGCGGUUAUACUUCGGUCAACAAGAUAUAUUUGAGUAUUUCAAGAAACUCUCCAAUGAGAAGAAAGUUCCCGCAUUUGAAGAUCUGGAGGUGGCUGCGAGGAAAUUACACCGAGCGUAUUCAAGUGUUCGUGGAGUUGAAUAUGCCACAGCUUCUGUCGAAGGUACUCAGGGUCAUCAGGCUGCAUGGCAUCGAACAGUUCCCCUUGGAUCUCCUUGGACACCACCCACUGCAUUCGACAAAAGUACAUGUUCCAACUCGGACAAUACUCAGCAGAGAACUCGGAGCAAUUCACUGCAACCAAGACCGCUUAAACGAAGGCGAACAGAAGAUGAAGAGACUGAAACAGAUGAUUCGCCGUUCACAGGUGAUCGCUGUCUUAUGCAGUCAAUUGUCUUCAUGAGAGAUGCCCUUGUCUCGCGCGAGUUCACAUAUGCAUUAGCAGAGGGUGACGUUGGUCGAGUGUACGAAGCACUAAAGAUCAUGCUCUUCACGUUUGCGGGAUCAAGCCACUCAAAAUAUACGACAUACCUCCUAGAGUUCAUCAUCGAUCUGGAGUAUGAAUCUACUCCAGAGCUUCGAGCUGCUGUACUCAACAGUCUGGUGGUCAACUUAUCUGGAAAGGGAGGACAUUUCUGUGCUGCGGAUUGGCUUCAGGAACGUAAUAACAGAAUCAUCCAGAUGAUUGCAGAAUGAAAGGGGGUUCAAUACAAUGCAAGAUACCUUCGCAAUGUCGUAUCUCGCAAUGUCCACCACCUUUCACGUCUCCUGGAUGAUAUUCGCAGCGGUGUUGACCUAAAGGAUCACUCUGCUAAGCACUGCAAGCCGCACGAAAAUGCCGAGCUCACAAUCCUCUUGCAAAUCUUUCGUAGUGAGGAGAUCCACUCACGACGCCCUGGUCGGGCAUACGACAAAAUCAUGGAUGCCCGAGAUGUGGAUAACUAUCGCAGUGGCCUUGACAAUCUACGUAAUGGUCGGCUACAGAGGUUCAUCACUGAAACCUUACAUUUUCGACAUUCCGAUACCACAAGCUCCGAUGGAACUGCAUUGCUCGCUGACCUAAGUGAAGCUCUUAUGGAGGAAGACUCGGAGGCUUCCAGUUUGCUGGAUCCUUAUAGCAUGUGUUCUGUUCACUUGGAAGAUGGAACACUCGUCGUUACGAAUGACGCAUUAACAGACAGAGAGAUAACAAUGAUGAUUGGUGAACUAGAAGGUAUGCAAGCACAGGACAAUGACAAUGGUGAUGCCGAAGAUGAAGAUGAAGAGAACGAGGAUAGUGAUGGAUAUAGUGACAGCGCCGAUGAAGAUGCCUUGGAAGAGGUGGAAGUGGACCCACAAUCGAUGGACCUCUCUGACAAUGAAGGAGACGGGGCUUGACUUAUUUGUGUUUCCGCCUUGUUCUUACAGGAAUACGGAUCGUCACCGCACUCACUUGAGCGGCAGGUUGUAGGGGUACGGUCCGUGCAGGUAUGACAAUUGUUCCUGGGCUUCGACCAAGUAUAUUAUUUUUUUUUCGUUGCUUGCGUGCUUCUUCAGUUUUGCGUGCCAGAGUAGCUUUCCGUUUUGUAGCGGCAGCGACCUUCGCAUCUC